UCACUCAAGACUCAGACUCAGAUGCUUAAACUUUAUUUUGUCCAAAAAUACCAGUUGACACUAGGAUGAGCUGUGAAAUGGAAAAUGCAGCUAUACUAGGAGCAAGUUUUCUACACUCAGAUAUUUAGUUUCAAAAAGCACAAACUGUGCUAUUUCACCAUGAAGCAGAAGUGAUGGUGUUUUAGUGAACCUCCCAUCAGGAAAUGCAUCAGUUUAGUGGCGAUGUUAUCUGUGAUGCUAAAAAUUAUCAGACGGCAUUCUGAGGCAGACCCGCAGUGCACACUUGAGAUCAUGUAUGUUACAGUGAUGGACAACAUUUUCUUACUUGUGCUGGUCACUCUUCUCAGCGUCGUUCAGAAUGUGUUCUUCGCCUUAAAGGUUGAGAAAGAGUGCACCGGUCAACAUUCUAAGCAUCAUUCUGCAGUGUUUGAGCGCUUGUCUUGUGCGAAUCGAAACUGCAUGGACACGUACCCCACAUUUCUGGCAGUACUGUGGUGCGCUGGUAUCUGCCUCAGCCAAGCUCCAGCUGCCUUUUCUGGCAUUAUCUACCUUGUGGUCCGGCAGAAGUACUUUGUUGGCUACAUGGGGCAGACUUGCCAGAGCACUCCUGGCUUCCUGUUCGGGAAACGCAUUCUCUUCUUCCUGUCACUCAUGUGUGUCGUGGGAAUCAUAAAUCACCUGCUGCUCACCUAUGGUGACAGUGACUACAAAGAGUACAUCCAGACCAUCACCAAAGCAGCGUCAACACUUUUGCUUUUGCCCUGAACUGUGCCAGACAGAUUUUUCUGCAGCUGAAACAGUAGUGCAAACACAUCAGCAUAGAUAAACUCUUUCGGUUAAUGGUUUUUCAGUUAGUCAGAGGAUGUGGCAAGAACAGUGCAUUCACAGUGAUGGUCACAGAGGCAUUUAAUUGCAAUAUGAUGUGUACAUAUUACAAAGCUUUACAAAACAACAAAAGAAGACUGUUUUUACUGUAAAUAUACCAGUAUAUGGUAUUUGAAGAAAUGUUUUAAAUGGGUCAUUUCAUGCUUUAGUUUUUUCAUUGAGGUCAACAUGUAAGGUUAGGAAAGAUUUCUCAAAAAAAUGUUUCAUUUCACACCUCUCUCUGAGCGUUAGAUUUAAAGGGUCAGUUUUUUGUUACUGUGCCUUUAAAAAUGCCAAGUUCUGCUCAUGCACCGGAUUCCAGGUUUCCUGUUGUGUGAAAUAUAGUUCAGCAAAAUCCUCAGCCUCUUUGCAAAAUCUGCAUUACGUGACAGGGAAACAAAAUAAAUAGUGAUGAAAUGUCAGACUGAAAUUAUCAGGGUAUAACUGCACAUAGGGCUGGGCGAUAUGGCCUAGAAUUAUCACGAUAAAAUGUUCAUAUCAAUCGAUAACGAUAAUUAUCACGCUAAAUUUCAAAUCUUUUAUUACCUCAUUUUUAUUUGUUCAAAUGUAAUUAUUCUGACUGUUUUAGUUUUAUUAACCACUGGUUGUAAAUUUAAAUAAACACUUAGCUUAAUCACAAAAAAUAAAUGUAAUUAUAUUCCCUUACUCCGUUAAUACAUUUAAUUCAUGUCUACGUUAAUAAUAGCAUAACAUUUCUUCUGAUUACCCCACAUUUCUGCCACAAUACCAUGGUGCAGUUAGUACUACUACAGUAAAUCCAUGGUAAAUGAUGGCGAUUUGUAGAUUGAAACGCCUUCUGACUGUAUCGUUGCACAGUGUUUCAAUAAUUACGUCACAAUAAUUAUCAUUAUCGUUUUAUCGCCCAGCCCUAACUUUGCACGUUUCUAUUGAUUCUCUGCAAGUAUAUGCAGAGCUGUAGGUGCUACACACAGCCAGAAACAGCACAAGAAAUGUGUAAACUUUAGAGCGUAACCUGAUGUUAGAUAAUGUAUCUAUUUGUUUGGCUUGAUUUCAGUUAUCCUAAAAGAUAAAGAGAAUUUUUAUUCCUCAUGAUAUGACCUAUUAAAACAAUGAAUGGAACACAUUCGGGCGCUUUUGCAUAGAGUGACCCAUUUAAAAAAAGUAUUGUAAAAUCUUGAGUUUGCUAGUUUACAAUGUGAGGAUUUAUAAAAUUGACCUAUAUGCUUUAACAGAAUUAUAAUUAAGAUUAAGUUCCAGUGAUCGCCAUUUCUUUAUGAUUUUUUGUAUUACUGCUGACAUGAGCAAAAUAAAGUUUUAUUUACAGUAAAAUUGUU